AUGGCAACGCCUGCCGAGGUGGAUCCUAUGGUGGCACUGGUGGAGUCGUGGGACACCUACCUUGUCCCUUCGUCUCGACUACAUUCCUCAAGGGAGUGGCCUGCGCAGGACUGUCCUCGUAUCGCACAAAGCACGCGCGCUUUUGCUUCGGAACCAUCGGUGUUUCGCUAUCACCUUAACGAUGCGUGCCCCAUCUUCACUCCAGGUGAGCAAGACAAUACUGACCAGGUCAGUCUAGCGACCUCUGGACCGCCCAGCGCAGGCGCUCCCGCCGAUGGAGCCACUGAGUUUUCAGCGUCGUCGCUCCUGUGGUUGCUCACACUUGUGAGUCGGAACGCCGAGCUUCUGAGGGCCACGGCUCACCUCUUCCUGCAGUUCAAUGCCCAGUUUGCGGCACUCGUAGACUCGAACGCGAUGACAGUCAACGCGCUCCGCACACGUCACCAACAGCAGCUAGCCUCCUUGCUAGAGAUGACAGACAAGUAUACGGCGGAGGACAUGAUUGUGGACUCCGUGGUCACAGAACGAGUCAUUUUGCAGCAACAGGGGGAGCUGGACACCCUUGAGCGCCACUGCGCCGCGGAGGAGAAGCAGCUUGAGGCAGAUCUGCAAGUGACGCUCUGGAGGUUUCUCACUACGUCGGCGCCGGAUGCCGUGGCAGCUGCCAAUCGUAAAGAGCAGUCGCUUAGCUUGGCGAACGGAGAUCACGGCGCGGGUGUUGGGGGAAGCCCUUAUCGUCCCGAGGUUGACGUCAGCCGGUUUGCUGAGGUGCGCAAAACCACCACCUUAAACGCGCGGCGCAGCAGCACCGCCGUUGCACCGUUCUGGCCUGUCCACCUGGUGCCGGUACGCACCAUCAAGCUACCUAACGAGGUGGGCGAUGCAUUUGCGGCUUCAGCGGUAUCCUCGACGCGGUCACCAUCGAGGCGAUUGAAGGAUUCAGCGCUUCAGCCUAUCAUUCUGGAUAUUUCACCCGUCUCUGGACUGCCACGCUGCCUCGAGUGUUGCACCGGUACUCAGCCUGGCGCCAUCGCAUCGACCGUGUGGAGCGCGGCGGAGGAACACCUUCUCCGUCUCGCACACACCCGCCACUCCGUGCUGCUCUUUGUUGGCACCGAGUUGGCCGCGCUGGAUCUGAUGCAGAAGUGUAGGGCGCCGGAGCUGCUGCUGGGAGCUGGGCACAGCUGCCGUGACGUCUUUCAACGCUUGGCAAACCAUCCCGUUCUACAGGUUCUUUUCACGACUCGGCUUUGGGGCGCCAACGUCGUUCUCUUGUGGAACCCCGCGCAGGAUGUUGCACCCGCUGCGGAAACACAGACGGUGGUGGAGGAUGCGCUGGAGCUAGCGUACGCGUGGGGCGCGGACAUGUUCUCUGUGGCGGUGUUGGAAGGCGCACGACUGCCGAGUUACGCGGCAACUGGUUGCUUCACCGCGAUGGUGACGAGAACCUCGUCGACGUCGGCAGCGUUUCUUGCGUCCCAGGCGGUGUCGAUGGAGGUUCUGCGCCAACUGCGCAACGGUGUCACACGAGAGCUUCUCGACACGGCUGGCGCGCGCCGAGCCCGUCGGUGGCAAGGCACGGCUACAUGGAUGCCGAACGGAAUUGGUAACGCCGCUGCUGCCAUGACUGGCACGGGCAUGUGCCCUCGCGCAGUAGGAGUAUUGUACACCAGUCAAUCAGCCCAGCAAGAGCAGGAGAACCAGCUGAAGGUGCGGCAGGUGUCAUGUGCUGGUUCAUCAGAUAAGCCUAAUGCGGUUUCCCCUCUUCGCAAAGACAACUCCAUCGUGUCUGUCAAUUCAUCCUCUUUCCUCUUCACGCCAACAUCAUCUCCCAGCUCAUUCCGCGGCCCGUGCAUCACCUUCAAUACCCCGCUGGCCAUUCGUGCCUUUCUUCCGUUGGGAGAAGAAUACUUUAUCUCGGAACGGUCUAGCCGGGGAAGGGGGUGCAGACGCAGUGGCUUUGAUGCAGCUUCCCUGAAUAUCCCUAACCAUGAGCGAGGCGACGCGCAUGGACUGCUGCGCCGGCCAGUCUCGUCGACUGCCACGGAAGAUGACGACGCCUCCUUCAGCAGCAAGAAGGAUGCAGGCUUCUUAUACGAAAGCUUCAGUGCUACCUCCGUGCGUGCGUCAUCUGCGGCUCUUGAUGCAGUGGAGGCUGGCAGCAGCGGUGGCGAGGUAGGGCUGCGUCAGUCAUCGGAGAUGAUGACUCUGGAGUCACUCAUUCAGCACACCUUUGGAGACUUUGCUGAAAUCCUCUAG